AACAAGCAGGCGGCAUUCUUCCCAGUCUCCCUCUUUCGUUUCACAAAUAUACAGAAAACAUUUCGUUAUUUUAUUAUUAUUAUUUUUCUGAUACCUUUCUUCUUCGUGUUAUUGUGGCAGACCCUUCUGCUUUUUUUGAUCAAAUUCUUACUUUCUAAUUCAAUAACAAAAUUGCAUGCACUGUCAGUUUGUGCACCAAUCUCUAGGACCCUUUAUUUUUUGUGCUCUUUCCUCUUUUGGGUGGCUUGAUUUUUUAAUAUCAGAAGAUUUGAAGAUAUGAAGAACGAGGAGCAAGCAAGGUCCCUGUUUGGUAUUUCUCUCUCUGAUCGACCCAAAUGGCAACAAUUGUUCAUAUGCUGUUCUGGUUUCUUCUUUGGUUAUCUCGUUAAUGGCAUCUGUGAGGAAUAUGUAUAUAAUCGGCUUCAAUUCAGCUAUGGUUGGUACUUCACUUUCGUACAAGGAUUUGUAUACCUAUUGCUCAUUUGUCUCCAAGGUUUCUCCAUGAAGCGAAUGAUAAACCCAUGGAAAACUUAUGUGAAACUCUCAGCUGUUCUCAUGGGUUCUCAUGGAUUAACAAAGGGUUCUUUGGCCUAUCUUAACUAUCCAGCACAAAUCAUGUUCAAAUCCACCAAGGUGUUGCCUGUCAUGGUAAUGGGUGCCUUCAUCCCUGGCUUGAGAAGGAAGUACUCGGUUCAUGAAUACAUCUCUGCUGUGCUUCUGGUUGCUGGCCUUAUUCUUUUCACCUUGGCAGAUGCCCAGACAUCUCCAAAUUUCAGCCUAAUUGGUAUUUUGAUGAUUUCGGGUGCUUUAAUAAUGGAUGCCUUUCUGGGUAAUUUUCAAGAAGCAAUUUUUACCAUGAAUCCGAAUACAACACAGAUGGAGAUGCUGUUUUGCUCAACAGUAGUAGGAUUGCCUUUUUUGCUUGCACCAAUGAUUCUAACGGGGGAGCUGUUUAGAGCAUGGAAUUCCUGUUAUCAACAUCCAUACGUGUAUGGUUUGGUUUUUGAAGCCAUGGCCACGUUCAUCGGUCAAGUGUCCGUUCUCUCACUCAUUGCCAUUUUCGGUGCUGCCUCUACUGCAAUGAUAACAACCGCAAGGAAGGCGGUGACUUUGUGGCUAUCAUACUUGAUAUUUACAAAGCCAUUGACUGAACAGCACGUCACAGGACUGCUGCUGACAGCCAUGGGAAUCAUAUUGAAGAUGGUGCCAGAUCCUAAGCCCUCAACCAAGGCUCCAAGCUCCUACAACACUGUUGUUAAGCAUGGAAGUUCCUCUUUCAUUCAAGACAAGAACCAGCAAGAAACUAGCCUACUAGCUCAAGAAGAAGAUGAAGAAAAGAGACCGUUUGUGUAAAAACUCCUUCCCCAACCCCCACGAAUAUCUCAAU